CUCCUAAACCUGCAGUGCACCAACAUCGUCCCUCUCCUUGACUGAAUGAGUGAAUAUGACAUCCGGACUCCGCAUCACGCAACUCGCCCUCUACGCCCCCCUAACACUUCCAACGCUCUACCUCCUCUUCCGCCAUGGCCGCCACGGCCUCCUCGCCUGGCUCUACCUCCUCGCUUUCUGUAUUCUUCGCGUAACCGGGGCCGCCAUGGGCCUCAACGAUCCGCAUAACGCAGGCGCCCAGAUAAUAUCCAAUAUCGGGCUCUCGCCGCUGCUGCUCUCGAUAGACGGGGUGUUGCAUGAGGCGAGAAUCUACUGUUUAUCCCCGAGCCAACGAACCGAAUGGAUGUUCAUGGCGCUCAUCCAUGCCCUCGUUGCGACGGGGGUGGCAAUGGUUGGGGUUGCUGCUGGCGGGUUGUUGGGCGAUACACCUAAGCCCAGUGAUUUAUCCAACAUCAAGGUCGGUAUGGUGCUGUUGGAGGUUGCGUGGGGUGUGCUCGCUUUGUGGGGGCUGUGGACUCUUUGGAAUAGGACGGGUGCGGCGAGGAAAAGUAAUGGACAGCGAGGUGCACCGGCGGGCUUGGCCGCGAGGGAGGGGUGGUUGGUACAUCGUUGUUAUGAUUGUCUGGUCUGGCAGACGGAAGAAUGGUAUAUGCUAACACAAAAGAUGCCUCGAGACACAGCUCCUAAUCGGCACUCUCCUCGCCCUUCCCCUCGUCGAGAUCUCAGUGAUAUACAUGCUUGUCGCGGAAUUCACACAGCGCGCGGAUCUAAACCCGACGACAGGGAGCUUGGCUGUUCGUGUUGUGUUGGGGUUCUUCCCCGAGUUGCUCGCGGCGAUUGUUUUGGUGUUCGCUGGGUUUGUGACUAG